CCUGUAGUACAGACAUUCCCUUAGUGAUGAUUGAUGUAAGAGGCCAUUAAUCUUCUCUUCAGAAUCUGAUGGCUGAAAUAAUACAUUGAUGUAUUCUCUGUAGAAACUCUCAUUGUUACCAAAAAGUGAACAAGUGACAACGGGCUGACAUGAAGGACUGUAUGCCUCUUAAAGAGAGGCAGAAAAAACAGCCUGAGGGAAAGGAUUGAAGAUUCAUGCACCUACCAUCCAGGUGUGCCAGUCUUUCAUGAUGCUCUCAAAGGUUGGUCAUGUUGUAAGAGAAGAACAACAGACUUUUCUGACUUCUUAAGCAUUGUGGGCUGUACAAAGGGUCUCCAUAACAGUGAGAAACCUCCUGAACCUGUUAAACCAGAAGUCAAAACUACCUCUGAACGGAAGGAGCUAUCUGAACUGAAACCCAGAUUUCAAGAACACAUAAUUCAGGCACCAAAACCAUUGGAAACAAUUAAAAGGCCAAGCCCAGAUGAACCAAUGACAAAUUUACAGCUGAAAGUGUCAGCUUCCUUGAAGCAAGCUCUUGAUAAACUGAAACUAUCAUCAGAAAAUGAAGGGAAAAAAGAGGAAGAUAGUGAUGAAAUCAAGAUUGGGACGGCAUGUAAAAAUGCAGGCUGUUCAAAAACAUACGAAGGACCACACAGCACAGAAGAAGUAUGUAUAUACCAUUCUGGUGUACCUAUAUUCCAUGAAGGGAUGAAGUAUUGGAGCUGUUGUAAAAGAAAAACUUCUGACUUCAAUACAUUUUUAGCUCAAGAAGGCUGUGCAAGAGGAGCACACGUAUGGACUAAAAAGGAUGCGGGUAAGAAGGUAGUUCCAUGCAGGCAUGAUUGGCACCAGACUGGAGGAGAAGUGACUAUUUCUGUGUAUGCUAAAAACUCUGUUCCUGAUCUGAGCUACGUAGAAGCAAAUAGCACAAUGGUAAAUAUGCAUAUUGUAUUCGAAGGAGAGAAGGAAUUUCAUCGCAGUGUGAAGUUAUGGGGAGUAAUUGAUGUGAAGAGGAGUUAUGUGAACAUGACAGCUACAAAGAUUGAGCUCACUAUGAGAAAAGCAGAGCCCCUGUUAUGGGCAAGUCUUGAAUUACCAGUAUCUGACACACAACCAAAACAAGAGAGUUCGGAUCAAUAACGAUUCCAAGAGACAAGUUAUUUCCCAUUAUGAAGUGGUGACUUGCUACUGUAAUCAAAUAUUUAACUUUUAUAUAGAUUUUUUUUUUUAAAUGCUAGAUCAUAUGUUCCCUUCUACAAAGAACUUUGACGCACAGUAAAUGGGGGUGUAAACUUGAAGCGUAAUAGCUAUUUCUCCUCUUGCUCCCGUGAGUAUAUUUAUGCUAGAUGAAGUGUCUCCAUGGGAAUUUAGAGUAAAAGAGCUAUUGCCCUUUGCUUGCAACCUUACCUACCAUGCACUGACUCUCCCAGUAGAUAUCCCACUGACUAUCCCAGUUCUCAGUUCACAGUGUGUGUGUUAGUUUUUCAGCUGAUCGGUUUAGACUUGAUGUACUCGGUAGCCCAUGUUAACUUCAACACUGUUCAUUCUGAAGCAUACAGUAAGGCAGAUACAGAAAUCUGAGUUUGGAUAGCAUGCAGUUCUACAUCUAGAAUAAAAGGUUACAGAAACAUAAUAUGAAAUAACACUUACAGACUUGCGCUUUUGUCUUCUGAAACGAACAUUUGUUUCAAUCCCUGUUGGCUGUGGAGGGAUGGAAUAAAUGAUAUUUGCUAAGGAUUUCAGUACUUACUGACUCUUGCUGUCUUUGAUGUAUAAAAGCAGGAGAUCAGGUUAAAAUGAAAAAAAAAAAGUUGGUCAGAAGGGAUUUUUUUUUUUUUUACUCCUUUGUUAUUUGAAGGGUUAAAUAUAAAAGCGAAUGGACAGUGAAAUGGCUGGAUAAAUUAGCAUUUCAGCUGUGAAGAGUACACAAACAACAGACUAUUGUAAAAUUACCAAAGUGCUGUAUAUGUUUGACGAUCUUUAGAAUGUCUAUUCUGUCCUAUUCUACAAUUUUCAAAAUCUCAAGACUUUCUUCAGAGUAGGUGGGUAUGUGUAGUAUGAAAAGCCAGGACACACUGUAGGUUUCUUGAGAAAAUUAUUUCCAUAUAGAUAGAUUUUAACUUUGAGUAUGGUAAUCUAAGAAUUUCAUUUAUCUAUAGGAUAUAUCUUAGGAGAAACAACAAGCUUUAAAAUGUCUGUCUCAAAUUUUAAUUGUACCUAUGAAUUUAAAUAUUUUUUAAAAAUAUUAUUUCCUUGAACAGACUGUAACUACAAAUCAAGACCUUAUUUUUGUUUUCAGUUCUUCAUCAAUAAAGAUAUGUCGCUGAAAACAGGAUAGUUGUAAAGAUGAGAUUUUUAUCCAAACAGCAACACACACAGUAAUAUUGCUUUCUCUUUCUGCUUGGAAUAUUUUCUUAAUUUCGGCUUGCAGCUGAAAUAAAAAUAACGUUUUCCUAUGUAAGUCAUACCAAAUACAGAUCAUUAUUUACUGUGCCAAAUCUUAUAUAUAUAUGUAAACAAGCAGUCCUGUGGACUGUUAAAAUGCAUGGAUGCUCAUCUACCAGCCUUGGCAGGCUUGGCAUAAUGCCAAGAGAAACACAGAACAUAGUAAAGGCAUUCUGAAGUGAAAUAUGGAUUUCUAAGAAUCUUGUUGUUUUGCAACGGGAACAAUUUGACUUGAGCUCAGAGUUCUGUCUCUAACAAUACUUGAAGUCCUACUUCAUGAUUAAAGUAGUAGGAAAUACAUUACCAAAGAAACCAUCCCCAAACACCAAGAAACUAACACCAGUGAUGUAUAUAUGAAAUUUGUUUUGGUGCUUCUUUACCUUCAUUUCAAGAUACUUUUUCCUCAUUUACUUGAAGGGAGUGUGGUUACAUACUCUCUUGGACCCCUAUUAAAAAUUCCAACUCUAAGUUCUGCUGAAUAGAUUCUGUUAACCUCUGAUAAUAGUUUUUUUUCCCCCUGUCUUUUUGUUUUCUUUUAAUAACUUUUAAAAUGUCAGGUA